AACAACAUGUAUUAAGUGGACUGUUGCUAAUAGCUCUGUUGUGAUACAGUCUUUUCUACUGUAUGAUAACAUUAGCCUCAUAUGAUUUAAUAAUGUGUAUUGUCACAUGAAGUCAAGUACGGAUAGCUCAAAUAUUUAUACGUAAACAGUACAAUCCAAAGUAUUAUAUAAGUUAAUUUUAGCCACCAGCUGAAGGGGUGUAAUUUAAGGAAUACUCAUUUCUAUUGAAUAUUUAUAAUACGGUGAUCAAGAUGGCUUCAUAUUUUAAUAAGGUGAUAAAGGUGGUUACAUUUUCUCAAUCAACUGCGUCUGAAGGCUCUGACUCAGUUAUAGACUUUUCUUGUUCGCCAUGUCUAGAGCAAAAAAUUGCGAAGUUGGCGGAUUUUUACUGUAAGACGUGUCUCAAAUUUUAUUGUGCAAAAUGUAAAAAAAUGCAUGGUAAGUUGUUUGUGAAUCAUGUGCCUUAUGGAAGGGGAGAAACAAGUAAGUGGCCAGUGUCCAAGGAAGUGGAGGAUUUGUUUCUGAAAUGUGACCUUCAUAACGACAUACAUCUAGACAUGUUUUGUGAUGACCACAGUCAGCUGUGUUGCACUAAAUGUGCUUUCCUCAAUCACAGACAAUGUGCUAAAGUUACACAGAUAUCCAAGUCAGUCGAAGGACCUCCGCCAGACUUGCAGCAAUUUUUAAGAAAGAUUGAAACUAUUCUUAAAGAACUCAAGAAACUUAAAAACAAUUUGGAUACCAACAUGCGGUUUUUGAAAGUUUCAUACAAGAAACAAUUGCAGGAAAUAAGUAAAACACGCCAAAAAUUAAAUGAAAUUUUAGAUGAGAUGGAAAAGACCACUAUAAAAGAGCUAGAUGAUGAGAUGACCAGUCUGAAAGCUUCUGUCAAGACUGACAUGGAUAAUUGCAUUCAGCUUAAAAAUGAAUUAACACAACUCAGUGAUGCAUUGAAGGAAAUUGUUGAUAAGAGCAAAGCGGAACUAUUAUUUGUUGCAAGUAAGAAAUGUCUGGAAAAGAUUAAGCAUUCUGAAACUUAUCUGAAGGAGAACUCUGUUCAGAUAAAAAGUUCACUAACAUUCCAGGCCAACCGUGAUAUUCAACAGUAUUUGUCUAAAUUGUCAGGUCUGGGGAGGAUUUUGGUAUGUACUCAAGCUGUGCCUCUGCAUGAUGACCCAGACCAGAUAUUCACUGUGCAAGGGGGUUCACUGAAAAGCCUUUUAACAGCUAGUUUUAGUGAGGAAAUCUUUUAUAUUAGUGCCGUUUGUGUUUUGUCCAAUGAUCAGAUCCUUGUCGCUGAUCGUGCUGAAAAAAAAGUUAAUUUACUGAAUCAUCAAUACCAGGUGGUGGGUCAUUGUAAUGUAAAUGGUUAUCCAUUUGACAUUUGUCAAAUAACACCAAGUGAAGUAGCUGUUGCUGUGGACAAGGAUAAGACAAAUGAGGUCCAGUUUAUCUCUGUAAAUGAUGGGCUGCUGUCUAAUGGCACAACGUUUCAGUUAGAACAUAAAUGUAUUGGUAUUGCUUAUAAUCUGCAAGACAUGUAUCUCUCUUCUGGCACUGCACUUUACAAGUAUUCAAUGCAAGGAGACAUGUUGGAAAAGUUGUAUGAGGAUACAUCAGCUCUGAAGACAGUUAAUAAGUGUGCUGUAAGUCCUUCAGGUGACAAGAUAUUUGUCACCAACUAUUACCAUGACAAGGUCCUCACCCUGGCCACAGAUGGCACAGUUCUCCACACAUUCACAGACCCAGACCUAAAAAGGCCAAGAGGUAUACACGUGACUGCUCAGGGACAGGUUCUGGUCUGUGGAUAUGCAUCAAACACUAUCCUACAGCUGUAUGGUGAAGGCAAUAAGAAGCUGGCAACUCUUGCUACCAAGAGGGAUGGACUUGAUGACCCACUGUCAGUCUACUUCAAUAGGAGCACAGCAUCGAUUGUUGUGGGGCAAUUUAGCAACAACAUCCUUGUGUUUAAAGUAAAAUAGUUGUGUUUUCACCAGUGUCAGGCAAACAUGCUCUUUCAACAUGAAAUCUUGACAAUACAACGGUCAGUCAGCAACCAUAGGAUGCCUCCAUCAUUAUGGAACAAUUAAAAAGCAAAAUCUGGUGUUUAAAGUACAAUUUUUUUGUUAAAUAAAUUUCAGUAGAAACUUGCUGGAACAUAAGCUUUCAACAUGAAAACAUUGCCACACCAAACUCGUAUUCAGUGUUACUUUCAUCACAUAAUUUACCUGGAUAAUGAAUUGUGUUGCCAAGUAAAGUCCGAUCAUGGAUAUGUUUGAAAUAGUACUUCCAUAAUACAAUUCUUGGCAGCAUGGAUCUGUAUGAAGUAUUAUGUUUAAAAGUCUAAUUCUUGCUGUACAAUCUGUUGUGUUACAAAACAAUUCAAAAACAUGCAUCAAAUCAUUUGUUGUAAGGAAUCACCUGUCUGAUGAUUUUUUUAAGUUUUAAUUGCAACAGUGUAUUGUUGUAAUCUUGAUGUAAAUCUCCAAAAUGACUAGCAUGUACAUACACAGUUUACUUGUGGUGAUUUUUUCUCUACAAUAUUGUUGUGUUAUUGACAUGCAAAGUGAAAUGAAGCGCAGGUUGCAGUUUAGAUGAGGUUUUUACAUUUUUUUAUUUAUUCUUAAAAU